AUUCAUGGGACAAAAGAAAUGAUAAAAAUCUUGUAAAUGUUUUAAAGCGGUUAGAGUCAAUAUGAAUAGAAAAUGUUCUAAGCAUUUAGAAGAUGAUAAUGACAACACUGAAGUAUUGGAAGAUCACAAUCAUAGCAUCAUUAUGGGGCUCAUUUCUCAAUUACGAAAGGGAACUGAUCUCUCUCGUGUAACUUUACCAACAUUUGUUUUAGAACCAAGAAGUCUGCUUGAAAAGUUUACAGACUUUAUGAGUCACCCAGAAUUGCUCGUUAAAGCUUCUAAAACCACUGAUCCUGUGCAACGAUUCGUAGAAGUUUGUCGUUUUUUUCUUUCAGGUUGGCAUGUUAAACCGAAAGGUGUAAAGAAACCUUAUAAUCCAAUUCUUGGAGAAUUCUUUCGUUGUGAAUAUAAAUUAAACGAUGGUUCAAAGGGAUUAUAUAUUGCUGAACAAGUUUCUCAUCAUCCUCCUAUUUCUGUAUAUUAUUAUUCUAUACCUGAACAUGGUAUAUUUAUUACUGGUGAAGCGCAUCCAAAAGCAAAAUUCCUUGGUAAUAGCGCUGCUACUAUCAUGAAAGGUUAUACUCGUAUUACUUUUAGUGGAUUACAAAAUGAAACAUAUGAAAUUUCUAAUCCAAAUGUAUAUGCACGUGGUAUUCUAUUCGGAAAAAUGGUCAUGGAAAUGGGGGAUCAAUCCAUAAUUAAAUGUCUGUCAAAUGAUCUUACUUGCGAACUAGAUUUCAAAACUAAGGGCUUUUUUUCUGGUCAAUAUCACUCAGUCAUUGGUAAAAUUAAACGUCAAUCUGUAGGAGCAGUUUUGCAUGAAAUUUCAGGUAUUUGGACUCAAGAGUUAUUUAUAAAAGGAAAGUCUUCCUCUUCAAAACAAUCUUUCUUCAAUGUUUCUAAGCACGAAAUUAUUCCAAAACUUGUUGAGCCACUAGAAAAUCAAGAAUGGAAUGAAUCAAGAAAACUAUGGUCAAAAGUAACUGCUGGAAUACUUGCAAAAGAUAUGGAUACAGCUACAGACGAAAAAACAUUUAUCGAAAAUAGACAACGUGAAGAAACAGCAACUCGACAAAAGGAAGGUAUUCAAUGGAAGCCUCGUUUCUUUACCCUUAAUCAGAAAGGCGAAUAUGAAUUUAUUGGUGUAAAAGGGUAAAUAUUCUGUUUUAUGCUUUCUGUUAUUAUAAUCUCUUCCGAAUUUGUCAUAUUUGCAUAUAAUAAUAAAAUAAGUAUAAUAUUGUUUUAUUUACAAAAAAUAAAGUUA